AUGAAUUAUGACCUGAUCGCCACCGAGGAAUUAGGCAGAAUCCUGUGCGGCUCUUGUUCCUCUCAAUAUCAGCAUGUCAAGUGGGGAGACAAAAAGAGCCCCGUCAAGAUCCAAGACAAGACGACCGCCCAGCCUCAAGAGGGCAAGACUUUCAAUGAGUGGAUUGGUGCGAGAGAAAAGCACAAGACAAACAGGGUCAUGGUCGACUACCUGAAUCGGGUCCAUGGACUGGUAUUCACGGUUGAAGAUCCGUUGGAUGUCCGAUUAGGCAUGCUGGCUCUGCGACUCCAAGACGAGCAUGAAGACAAUGGUCCGGAUGAACCUGAUGAAGCCGAGGGAAAUACAAGUCUUUACAUAUGGUUAAGAUAUCGCUCAAAUAAGCACUCACGCUCGGCGGGAUGUUGA